GUGGGGGGAGAGGUGGUGGAGCUGGCAGGACUGGCUGGGAGUGUUCGUGCUCUCCCAACACGGCCAACUCUGGCACCAGGAACCUCACCAUGCCGGGAAUGAGCCUAGUUCUUUGUGCUAAUUAAAAAACAGCAUUCAAAAAGACCAGAGGAAGAGGGAGAGAGAAGUGGAAAGGGAGAGACCAGUGAGGAGAAAGGGUUUAGCCUUGGUGUUUGCAGCCCAGGUCAGUUUCCCUGGCGGUAAGCAGCUCAGGAUGAAGCUAGCUCUGGCCCUCCUGCUCGUGGCCAGCCAGCUGAAUGUCCAGGUACAGUCUCGGGAGACGGACCUCUCCUGCGAGGAUAAUGAUGUCUUCCAAGCCGUGGACGCGGCACUGACCACGUACAACACCCAACGAUCCUCCGGCAGCCAGUAUGUCCUGUACCAGAUAACCGGAGCCUCUCUGAUGAACUCUGAUGAGCAGAUCUUUGCAAUAACCUAUGCAAUCCGAGAGGGUAACUGCACGGUCGAGACAGGUAAAAACUGGAAAGAAUGUGGCUACAAAAAGUCUGAAAAUCAGGAGCAGGGGAAAUGCACUGCAAAAGUGAAGAGGGAGAAUGGAAAGACAUUCGUCGUCAUGGAGCAGAAUUGUCAUAUCGCUCCAGUUCAUGAAGCAGUGGUGGCAGCUCGUGGUCCAUGCCGUGGCUGCUUCCAUAGCAUAUCAACCAACAGUUCAGAUUUGGAAGAAAUUUUGAAACAUGCUGUUCGAUAUUUUAAUGAAAAAUCUAACCAUGAACACAUCUUUGCCCUUAAAGAAGUCCUGAGAGCCUCACGACAGGUAGUCAAUGGAUGGAACUAUAAGUUCCAGUAUUCAAUCAUCCAGACUGAUUGCUUGAAGGAGACUGACCAAUUAAAUUCUGAAUGCCAGCCCAAGCCUCAAGGGGAGAUAAGAAUCUGCAGCGAUUCUGCCUAUGAAAAUGCACAUAUGAACAUUAGUAUCACAUCCCAGACUUGUAAACUAGAGAACGACUCAAAUCCAUCUGUCAGCCCAGAACUGCGUGAGCCUUUGAGAAAUUGUCUUGAAAAAAUUAACUCGGAGAAUAAAAGUAACUUUUAUUUCAAGACGCUGAGGAUUCUGAAAGCAGAACCCCUGGUGGGAUCUGGAACUGGAUAUGCCAUCGAAUUUUACAUCAAAGAAACUGAAUGCUUUAAAGAGGAAGAAAAGUAUUCUGAAUACUGUGAAUUUAACGAAUUUGGAAAUGUUUUGAAAUGUACCGCGGAUGUUUUGGAGGAGGAAGAGGGUACAUUUAAUCCCACAGUUCUCUGCGAGGAGGCAAUACAGAUGCUUAUGAAAAGGCCUCCAGGUUUUUCUCCUUUUCGAUCAUCACUAGCGAAGCUACCAUUGGAAAGCAGAGUGCCAGGUGAGCCCCAGGCUUCUGAUAUAACAGAACAAGAGGAAGAACAAGCCACAGAAACAGGACAAGGGCUUACUCCUCGUGGCUAUGGUCGUGGGCACCGAAAGGGACAAACUCACCCGGGCCGUGGCCUUGGGAAUAAACAUGGGCAUGGUCACGGUCAAGGACACAAAUAUAAGCAUGGGCAAGGCCAUUGGAAACAUGAACAAAAAGACAAGGAAAGCCAUGGGACAAAUGAGUAUCUGAACAGCCCAAAUGAAGGGAAUUCUCCUUCCAAGAUCCAAGAGGAGACACAAGGUCCACCGCCCCUACAUAGCCCAUCACCGCAAGGGGAUGCUGUUACUUCUUCUUAUUUUUCAGAUUUUGAUCUCCUUGGUCCUAACCCAACCAAUCCUCCAUCUGAGCCUUCAACUCAAGAGAAGGAGAAAGCAGGGGAGGAAGAUGAUAUAGAGGAUGAUGACUUGAUCCCAGACAUCUUUGUCGAGCCAAAGAGCUUCUUAUUUCCUUCGUUGCCUGAUCUUCCAGAACCCAAAUGCCCUGGACAACCAUGGAAACCAGUUGAAGUGAUGGACCAACGCACAGAGGAGAGAGAGGAUGAUGUCUUUAAUCUCUCAGAUGCUAUUUAAUAGGGAAGAAAUGAUUUUCCUGCUGGCCCUUCACCAUCCUACUGCCCAAAUAUAAUGGACACAAUACCUGAGAAUAGUCUAGAGCAAAGGUUGAGACGCAGCAUAGAUGCUGGGGAUCUCAAGAAACUCUUGAAAAGUUGUUUUGCAAAGAUCUAAAUCUAUCCACAUUCCAUCAGGCAAGCAAAUUCCCUCAGCAAAGGAGAAGAUAUGUAAGAUGAAUUUGUUUUAGGGCCAUUUUUUGAGUUUUAAAUACCAUAUAUCAGCAAGGAAGGAUGUUUGUUGCUUGAGGCAUAACUAAUAUUUUUUUAAAUAUCUAGGCAAACUGACUUUUUAUGCAUGAGUAUCAAUAAACAGAAAUUAAAUGAAA